UUUCUAAUUCUUCUCCCCCAGCUUCGUUUUCUUUCUCUCAAUUUUCUCUCCCCUCCAAAAAUUCACAGCAAAAAAAUCAUGGAGGAGAAUCACGCUUCAGCUCUCGAAUCGGUCGCCAAUGGUGACCACCACGAUUUCGGCGCAGAGUACAAUUCCCACAGUAACAACAAUAACGACCACGGGUGGCAGAAGGUGACCUAUCAGAAGCGCCAGAGGAAGAACAAGGCGGCGGAUUCCGUCAACAACCACAACCGCCUCAUCCCCGGCGCCGCGAUCUCCGGCGGCGAGAGUGUUUUCCGCGGCGUCGAGAAGGACGCCGAGGAGCGAGUUCGGAGGCGCCAGGAAGCUCUGAAGGCGGCCGCCGCCGCCAAUGCCGGUGCAAUCGGCGUCGUUCCGGCGAGAUCGAAGCACCGGUCCGACGACGAGUACGGCGACGACAGCGAUGACGAGGCCGCCGCGCCGCAGGAGGCCAAGGCCGAGGAGGAGAAGAAGUCGAAGCCGAAGAAACCGAAGAAGCCUAAGGUCACCGUCGCCGAGGCGGCGGCGAAGAUCGACGCGAACGAUCUAGCGGCGGAGAUGGUGGAAUUUCCGCAAUUCGAGGAGGGUGUACAGGUGUUUAAGUUUGCCGACUUUUUCGCCCGGGCAUUUUCUGCAGUGACUUCUUCACAGUUUCCAUGGAUCAAGAUGUUCAAGGAGUCAACUGUUGCGAAGAUUGCUGAUAUACCCAUUUCCCACAUAUCUGAGGAUGUUUACAAGACAUCAAUUGACUGGAUCAGCCAGCGUUCCAUUCAGUCCCUUGAAACCCUUAUUUUAACAUCUCUAGACAGCAUUCUUGCAGACCUAGCAAGCCAGAGAGUCGGUGGAAAGGGUGCCAAGAAGGGUGUGCAGCAAGCAUCAUCCAAAUCUCAGGUUGCAGUAUUUACUGUUGUAGCCAUGGUAUUGCGAAGAAAACCUGAUGUUUUGAUCAGUAUAUUGCCGACAUUGAGGGAAAAUUCAAAGUAUCAAGGACAUGAUAAUCUUCCAGUAAUUGUAUGGAUGAUAGCUCAGGCUAGUCAAGGAGACCUGGCUGUGGGGUUGUAUGCGUGGGCACGCAAUGUAUUGCCUCUUGUUUGUGGCAAAGGUAGUAAUCCACAGUCCCGUGAUCUUGUCCUGCAGCUGGUUGAGAGACUUCUGUCUAUGCCAAAGGCUCGUACCAUUUUAGUAAAUGGUGCUGUGAGGAAGGGGGAGCGUUUGGUGCCACCUUCUGCCUUGGAGAUACUUAUGGGAGUCACCUUUCCUGCACCUUCAGCUAGAGUGAAGGCUACUGAAAGGUUUGAGGCUGUAUAUCCUACUCUAAAGGAAGUGGCUCUUGCCGGGUCACAAGGAAGCAAAGCGAUGAAACAAGUUUCACUGCAAAUAUUGAAUUUUGCUGUUAAAACUGCCGGAGAAGCAAGUACACCUGAGCUAUCCAAUGAAGCAGCUGGAAUUUUCAUAUGGUGUUUGACCCAAAAUGCUGAAUGUUUCAGGCAGUGGGACAAGGUAUAUGAAGGAAACCUAAGAGCAAGUGUCGCUGUACUUAAAAAGCUUUCUGAUCAGUGGAAAGAGCAUGCUGCAAAGUUCUCUCCUCUUGAUCCAAUGAGGGAAACCCUCAAAAGUUUUAGGCACAAGAAUGAGAAGGCAUUGGAGGGUGAGGCAGAAUCUGCUGAGCAAGAGCAGCUCGUCAAGGAUUCAGACAAGUAUUGUAAGACGUUACUGGGAAAGCUAUCACGCGGCAGUGGGUGCAAGAAAAGUGUGGUAUUUAUUGUCCUGGCUCUGGCUGUUGGUACAGCUGUGGUGUCCCCAAACAUGGAGUCUUUGGAUUGGAACAAGUUAACAGUAUUUUUCAGCUCUGAAAACCCAUUCCUUUUAGCUAAGUGAGUGAAGCAACUAGCAGCUGGUGGUGCAAAGCAUCAACUUGUUUUUCUUACAAUAUCGAGCAUGAGGAGGAAAGCGGUCUAAUUUACUUCAGAAUAAGGUGGCGAAACAUAGAACUGAUAGAAGUUUUCUUUAUACUUUUGUCCCAGUGGGACACGGAACUAGAAUUAGUUGAAGGCCAAUACUUGGUUGAAGGUUUAAUUUGGUUUGUGCCGUUUGGGCUUUUCCCCUUCUUUCUUAUAACUUUUCAUGUUUAUUAGAUCCCUUUUUAAGU